CGCAGCAUUCAGUUCAACCUGACACAACCUGAACAAUAUUUCUGGCAUCUUUUUAUGGCAUGAUUCUCAAGAAGUUAAAAGUAUCUUUUAAAAUUAAAAUCAAAUUAAGUAAUAGACAAUACACAAAUUUUGUUUUGUUUGCUUAUCUGACAAAGGCCUAUAUGCGACUCAUUUAUUUUGUGGACAAAAUUUUUUGUAGAUUUUGGGAAUCACAAAAACUAUACCAACAGUCAUUUUCAAAGUCAGGGUUUUUGUUUACGUUUCAUGGGUUCAAAAGAUAAGAAGUCUGACAAGAUUUUUUUUUGUGUUGUGAAUUGAGAUUAAGAAACGCAGAAUUAUUUCUCAAUCUUUUCUGUGAUGAGUAGGGUUAGUGUUGGCCAAGACAUUGUUAAAAAGAGAUCGAUUUUUGUUAUGAACAACGGUAAAUUUGUUGAAUUUUUAAUUUUUGCUAUCGGUUUGGUGCUAUUGGUGGGAUCAAAUGCCCAAGUUGGCUAUGAUUAUGACAAUGGUAGUUAUGAUUCGGGAAGUAAUAGUGGUCGGAAUGGUGGAGGUCGAAUAGUAUCGGUUCCAUCAACUUCAUCUUCAUUAACCGCAAAUCGUAAUGAUGCAUAUCAAAACACGGCACAAUUCAAUCAAGGAAGACCAUCAAAUCAGUUCGCAAGCACAGGAGGAUCUCGACCUUCUCAAGUCGUUAGUCAAGAUUACAAUACUAAUUCUGGCAUCGGUUAUCAAAACAAUAAUGGACUGGUUAAUCAGCGACAACCAAUUCAGCAGAAUAGCGGUAUAUAUUCCACCAACAACAACAAUAAUGUCUUGUCCCAGCCUUUACAAACUCAAAAUCAAAACAGCGAUUAUAGUCAAAGUGAUGGGUAUCAAAACAGCGGUCAAUCGACUCAAGUAAGGCCACGUCCUUCAGUUUCUACUGAUAACAAUUACAACAGUGGACAAUAUAAUCAGGGAAGACCUACGCUUCAAUCUGGUAUUACAAACCAAGGAUCAAAUACAAAUAAUUUUGGACAAGGUUCAUUUAACCGGCCUUCAUUACAAAGUCAACAAACCAAUAACCGGGAUACUAUUUACAACAAUAACGACAAUAAUGACAAUAGUUAUCAAAAUAAUCCUCAGACAAAUCAAAAAAGACCAACAAAUGAGUUUACCUCUGGUGGAAAUGAAUAUUCAGGCAGCAGCAACCAAAGAAUUACUACCCGGUCUCCACAAUUGUCGGACAGUGAUACUGCUUAUAACAGCAAUGGAAAUACCAAUGGCCAGAACAAUGGACAGUGGAACUCACAGCCAACAAAAAAUAAAGGAACUUCUGGUCUGGGAAUAAUAGCUUCUAACGAUGGAUUUGUCAAUCCUCGACCUUCGCAAGAUCGAAAUACUAAUCCAUAUGCAAACAUUGAAAACAAACCAACCUUCCAAUCCAAUCAAAAUAGGCCAACAUCACAGGUUCAAACUUCUAAUUCGUUUGGAGGAGUUUCUAAUUCUCGACCGUCUCAAACAAAUGAUUACAAUACAAACGAUUAUUCUGGAAGUGGAAAUAACUACAGGCCAAUUAAUAAGGUGGAAGGAAACAGCAACAACCGUCCGAACAACGGAAAUCAAUUUUACGAUUCUGAUUCCUAUGAGGAUUCUCAUGAGUCCAGUCCGGCACAUAAAGUGAAUAAAAAUAAUAAUGGAAACAACAAUAAAAAUAAAAACAAAAAUAACAAUGGCAACAACGGUAAUAACGGUAACAAAGGUAAUAACGGUAACAACGGUAAUAACGGUAACAAAGGUAAUAACGGUAAUAACGGUAACAACGGUAACAGUAACAACGGGAACGGUAACGGAAACAAUCGUAAUGGAAAUAAGAACGGAAAUGACAAUUUAUCUGGAGAAAAACACUCAAAUUCAAAAAAUAAUAACAACAGAUUUCCUCAAACAUCAGCUGGUCAUCAAGGAAGUAAAACUACGACGAAACCAAAUAUAAAUUCUUUUAUAAACAGUAGCAGAAAUAAUGGAAAUGAUAAGCCGAAAACACCCAACAAUGGAGGAAAUCCCAAAAAGAGGGUCAGUCAAAUCAAAUAUGAACAGUACCUUUCGAGCAUAUUUCCUGAUCUGGACGAUAAGGAUGUGCAGGAAGUUACAGAUUUCAAGGGAAGGAAACUAGCACGCCCGGGACAAUUUCCACAUAUGGGUGCUAUAGGAUUUAAAAACAAAGUACUAAAUAAAACCGAAUAUAAAUGUGGAGCUAGUCUUAUUAGUGACAUUUGGACUAUAACGACAGCACAUUGUACUGAUAACAAUGGAUUAAAACCAACCUAUGUUCGCUUUGGUGACCUUAACUUAAAAGCAGCUGAAGAAGAUGUCGAUCCUCAAACAAGAAGAAUAUCCUUAAUAGUAAACCAUCCAUCGUACAGAGAUGAUUCUCUUUAUAAUGACAUAGCUUUGCUGCAGUUAAAUAAAGUUGUAUUAUUUACUGAAUUUGUGCAACCUAUUCGAAUAUGGUAUCGAGAUGAGAUUCCAUUUACUAUGGCCUAUGCUAUGGGAUUUGGAGCAGUUGAAUUUGCAGGAGCACAAACAAAUCGUCUCACCCAACUUGACUUGACUAUAAUACCAAAUGAUGUUUGUGCUAGACAAAUGCCGGAACAAACAAAUGCUAAGCGAGGAAUUAUUUCUAGUCAAAUAUGUGCAAUUGAUAAUAAGAAAACAGGAAGUGAUACUUUUCAAGGUGAUUCUGGAGGACCGUUACAAAUUAGUUUCUUUGGAGAGGAAGGUGGCCGUCCACGUCAUUAUUUGAUUGGAAUGACAUCUUUUGGUGUUGUAGGAACGACGCGAUUACCAGGCGUUUAUACAAGGGUUUCAUCAUUUGUCGAUUGGAUUGAAAAAACCGUUUGGUCUGCUGAUUAUAUUGCUUAGUUAAAUAUAGAUUUAUAUUCUUAUAAAAGGCAACAAAAAAUUGUAAAAUUAGCAAAAAUUAAUUUGUAAAACAUAUUUGUAAUUUUGUGCACCUCCUCCAAAAAAUUUGGAAACACAUUCAAAUAUCACAUUUUUUUCAAAAUUGCGGUUUCAAACUUUUGAUGUGUGUGUAUGUGCAUUAAUGAAUUGUUCAAUAGUACCUUUAAUUUAUUUCAUUCCUACAUGACAAAUCAAAUAUAAAAAAUUAAUAAUAUUUCCCACCUUCAAGAAUUUUGAACUAGUCAUAAUAAAAAAACA